GGUACUUGAGGCGCUGUAUUCAAAGUUGGCGUUACACGAUGAAUGUGGAAAAAGUUGCAAUUCUUGAUGCAGGUGCUCAAUAUGGAAAGGUCAUCGAUCGCCGAGUCCGAGAACUCUCUGUUUUUUCUGAUAUAUUACCGGUCAAUACUCCACUUGAAAAGCUUUUAAAAGCUAAUUACAAAGCUUUUAUAAUUUCGGGGAGUCCUGACUCGGUUUGUCAGCCGAUGAGCUCUAUGUGUGAUCCCAAGUUAUUUGACGCUAAAAUCCCCAUUCUUGGAAUAUGUUAUGGGAUGCAGCUCAUGAAUAAAUUUUUUGGUGGCCAGGUAAUCGAAGGUGAUACAAGGGAAGAUGGUGUUUUCUCUGUGGACUGUGAUACUACAUCCCCAUUAUUUAAAGGCCUUUCAAAACAGGAGCAUGUAUUAUUCACACAUGGGGAUCAUUGUGUCACAGUUGCUACGGGCUUUAAAGUUAUCGCCAAGUCUGGCUCUAUCGUAGCUGGUAUUGCAAACGAUGAGAAACGUUUGUAUGGAGUUCAGUUCCAUCCAGAAGUGGAUCUGAGUGCUUGCGGUGUGCAAAUUUUGAAGAACUUCUUAUUCGGUAUUUGUGACCUCAAAGGAGAUUUCAAAAUGAAUGAUAGGGUGGAAAUUUGCACUGCCAAAAUCCGUGAAGCUGUUGGCCAGAACAAGAUCUUAAUUUUACUUAGCGGUGGUGUGGACUCAACAGUUUGUGCAGCUUUGCUUUCAAAAACUUUGGAUCCUUCACAAAUAAUUGCUGUUCACAUUGAUAAUGGUUUCCUGAGAAAAGGUGAAUCAGCAGAGGUCAUAGAAUCAGUGGAAUCAUUAGGAAUUAAAGUUCAUUUAAUUAAUGCGGGGCUUCGAUUUUUAUCUGGAACUACCAUGGUUCAUGUGGAGGUGAUGACAGAAGCUUUAGCUCCAGCCUCAGUUAGUCCAACCAAGACGCAAACUGAUUCUGUAGUGAGCACGGGAAUGUCAGAAGAGGCUUCAGAUCCAAGCGCUAAGGAGUACAGAUCAGCGUUAGAUUGUACAACACAUGGUUCGCCAGUUGUUGAUGCUUCUGGUGCUAAAAGGCAAUCUCAUCUCAGCGGUGGUGGUAUGCAUCCUCAUAAGGAACUGCGAAACAUUCCUAUUGGACCCCUUAGAACAGCUACUAUAUUUCCAGAAGACAAGCGACAAAUUAUUGGAGAUACUUUUAUUCGUGUUGCCCAAGAGGUUUGGUCUGAACUUCAACUGGAUCCUAGCAGUUUGAUACUUUGCCAAGGAACAUUAAGGCCAGAUCUGAUCGAGUCUGCAUCUCAUUUGGUCAGUCAGCGAGCAGAUGUCAUUAAAACUCAUCAUAAUACAACUACUCUGGUCCAAUUGUUACAAAAGCAGGGUCGAGUUGUUGAACCGUUAUCAGAUUUUCAUAAAGAUGAAGUUAGACAAAUUGGUAGGCAAUUAGGACUACCAGAAAAUAUUGUCAAUAGACAUCCAUUUCCUGGUCCAGGCUUAGCAGUCAGAAUUUUAUGUGCUGCUGAACCGUACAUUGAACGGGAUUUUUCAGAAACAACAAGCCUGAUAAAAAUGAUUGCAGGAUAUCAUCAAAUGUCACAAAAGCCUCAUGCUCUUUUAAACAAAAUCAAUGCUGCUGCCAGACUGGAAGAACAGCAGCGUUUAUCAAAAAUUACUGCCAACCGAUCGCUUGCAGCCUACGUUCUGCCUAUUCGUACAGUCGGAGUACAGGGUGAUCAUCGUUCUUAUAGCUAUGCUUGUGCAUUAUCUAGCUCAACUCCACCGGAUUGGGAUGAUUUAUCCUUCUUAGCUAAUUUAAUACCCAGAAUAUGUCUUAAUAUUAACAGAGUUGUUUAUAUAUUGGGACCACAAGUUCUUCAUGCAGUCAAUGAUGUUACAAUCACGUAUCUUCGUGAACCAGUUAUUGAUACUCUUCGAGAAGUUGAUCAUAAAGUGAUGUCAGUACUUCAAAAUACUGGUUGUAUGAAUAAAAUUGAUCAAAUGCCUAUUGUUCUUAUACCGAUUCACUUUGAUCGUGAUCCAAGUCAAGUUGUAUCUGUUCCUUCUAUUUUACGAUCAGUUGUCUUGAGACCAGUGAAGACAACUGAUUUUAUGACAUGUGUAGCUGCUGUUCCUGGAGUUCAUUUUCCAGAAGAAGUUGUUUACAAAAUGCAAAAAGCAGCCGAAGAAGUACCCGGUAUAUCUCGAGUUCUGUAUGAUCUCACAUCGAAACCACCAGCCACUAUUGAAUGGGAAUAAUCGCUCUACAUCCCUGUGUAUGCGUGUGCGCGCGUAUGCGAAUGCCGUUGCUUUUCCUUCUGCUUUCUAUAUCACUUUGUUUUGCAGAAAGACAGAGAACGAGAAGUAUCCUUUGACUUCUUUUCUUUUCUUCUCUGCUGUUUGACGAUAGAGUUGUAUCUUAGUGACAAUGUGAAUGGAGUCUGUGAGUACUACUACUACUGCUACUACUACCACUGCUAAUACAACCACUAGUAUACUAUGCAAUUACACAUACAUUCACUUCCUUAUCACCGAGAAUAACUGUCUAUGUGUAUUUUUCUUUUUGUCUUCUUCUUCUCCUUGGAAAUCCUAAUUUGUCUUCUGAAAAAUAUACAAUAUUUAAUCUCUCUCUCUCUCUUAUAUGCAACUUGCUUUUUGUUACGCAAAAGUCAGUUUUUAAUACUCAUGUCUCUCUCUCUCUCUCCCUGUCCCUGCCCCCCUCUUUCAAUCCAUUUCUUCGAAAGAGGGAUUUCUUGACUAGUGAUGUAAUGACUGACUAAAUGAAUAAAUAAUAAAUGGACUAGGUUGAUGACCCAUAUUAGGUUUCCUUUUGCUCACACACACAUUAUGCCUCUGGUGGUGGUGGUAUUACUUGUGUAUGUACAUCAAGUUCACUACUAAUCUUUUAUUAUAUAUAACUCAUAGUAAACAGUAACAUUGAUUUGACGGAAAUCAUCAGUUCGUUUUGUUGGAUUUUAUGUCGAAUUUGCUAAUGAAAAAAAAAUACUGUCUGGAGUGAGUAAAUAAAUUCUGUGUAAAGUUUGUG